AUGGAAUAUAAUCAACAAUUAGCAGCAAAAUAUUCCGAUUUUUUCCAAUAUGUUACCGAUUUUGUAAAUGCACAUACUCCAGAACUCAAAGAAGAUUUACGGCUUCUAAGAAUGUAUUCUGCCCCGCUCUUUCAAAAAUAUUUAGAUAUGGCAAAUUUUACUAAUAAUAUUUUUACUGUAUGGAGAACUUUUAACGAUACUUACUUACGAUACAUAAAACUAUUUAAGCCAACAAAAGAAAUUGUCGAUAAAUUUUACGAGUUGCGUGAAUUAUUGGAAAAAGAAAUACUUAAAUAUUAUCCAGCCUACGCGAAUGAUAUGCAAAGAUUGUCAGACUUCAAAAAGCUCGUUUUGGAAUUCGAGAGAACACCAGAGAAGGAUAGAUCUUUAUAUUCGAAAAUAUUUGGUCAAUGUUACAUCCCAUACAAGAUAUGCUCCGAUAAAAGAUUAGAAGAAAAUUGUACUCCUUUACCCGAAGACACGUAUGGUAAAGUUUUUGGUUUUCUCUUAUAUCUUCAGGGUCCAGUCGUUAAAUUUAAAAGAGAACAAGAAGAAAAAGAAAAGAGAGAACAAUGGAAACGCUAUAUAGAAGAGGCCAAGAAGAAAAAGAAAUUGGAAGAGAGAAGAGAUUUGCAAAGUGUUGAAAUUGAACCAUAUCAUAAUGAUUUUGAUGGUCCAAUAAGAAGGUUAUACCAGCCACUUGUUUAA